GCGUCCUGAGGAUGAGUUUCGCUGUGGAAAAUCUUGGUAAUUGAAGUGCGAACCUUGAAACCAACGCGGAGGAGCUGCAGGACUUCGGCCGAAAUCGCCGGACAGCUAUUGCCCUGACGGGCGCGCGAUGCCAUCGUGCGCGCACGACAACGCUGUGCUUGGUUUCGGCUCACUUUUCAAAAUGCCGAACGCUAACCUGAUGAACGCACUGGAGCAAGAGCUGGAAACGCAAGUUGAGGAAGCCUGUCGACCGCCGUUCAGUUCGGUAGACGCCGUCCGCGACUUCAUUUCGAACGAAAACCCAAGUUCGGACUCAAGCGUCUCGCUCGAGAUGUGCGUCAUCGCGGUGAAGGACAGCUGGAACCUGAUCCGUGUCCAGCUAAUCGACUACGACUACACGAGUCGGGUUGAAGAGGUGCUUCGACUAAUAAACAAGCUUGACGUCCAGCGACGCUACAAGUUUGUGUUCUCGCUAACACUCUGGAAGGCCAAGAAGGUUGAUCCCGCCAAUCACUGUGAAUUUGAAGUCGGCCGCGCCUACACGUUUGCGAAGGUUCACGGCCUUCGCCUGUACUACGCGUUGACCCAGGGGAGCUCGCAGUUACAGAUCAACCGUGAGGCGGAGCCGCUGUCUACCACCGACGAAUACGACCACGAUCUUCAAGAACUCCAGUCGGCUGCUAAAGAUGCGACGGUAUCCAAGAUGGCUGCCAGCAGAAUUGACGGCGGUCGCGAUCCCGCUGGCGAUGAUGCCAACCCGUCGCCAAAGAAGAAGAUUCGUGUCCCAAAGGUCGACGGAAAGAAGAAGUAGAAGCCGUAAGCUGCUUUAAAAGGGCUAUGCCUUGACGCCCACUUGCAACUUCAGCGGAGCGGCAACCUGAAGACAGACUGAAGUCAAGCACACACAAAUCCACAUGCGUAUACAUUCACAAGCUAUCGCUUAGCACACUUUGCACAUAACUCUAACAUGAAAGCUGCUAACAGUACGAAGAAAGGGAGAAAUGAGCAACA